GAGACUCAAUGAGAGAGAGAGAAUUGGAGAACUGGGGGCACCUGAAGUCUGGGGACUGUCACCAAAGGUUCCUGACCCCGAUUCCGAUGAGCAUACACCGGUAGAAGAUGAAGAGGCAAAAUCUAAGAGUAGUUCUUCAGAUUCCAGCUCAGAAGAGGAAAAAAAGAAAAAGAAGAAGAAAAGAAAGAAGAAAAAGCGGAAGGCAUCCAAAAGAAAACGCAGAAAACAUUCUGAGGACAGUGACAGCGAGUCGGAGUCUGAGCAGAACUCCAGUGAUGAAGAUAAAAAGAAAAGCAAGAAGAAGAAAAAGAAGAACAGAAAGAAGAAGUAUAAGAAAAAGAAAAAUAAGAGGAGCAGGAAGGAAUCCAGUGAUUCAAGUAGUGAAGAUUCUGAUGACGAAACAUUUCAAGGGGAAGAUCUCUGGAUUGAGAGAUCAAAAAAUACAGAAGCCGAUAGCUUGAUUGGACCAGAAGCUCCCAAAACUCACGCAUCUCAGGAUGAUAGGCCUUUGAACUACGGACAUGCCCUCUUGCCCGGUGAAGGUGCAGCAAUGGCAGAGUACGUAAAAGCAGGAAAACGUAUACCCCGGAGAGGUGAAAUCGGCUUGACCAGUGAAGAGAUUGCAUCAUUUGAGAGCUCUGGUUAUGUCAUGAGUGGCAGCAGACAUCGCCGAAUGGAAGCUGUGCGUCUGCGUAAAGAAAACCAGAUUUACAGCGCAGAUGAAAAGAGAGCUCUGGCAUCCUUCAACCAGGAGGAGAGGAGGAAACGAGAGAAUAAGAUCCUUGCAAGCUUUCGAGAGAUGGUCUACAGAAAGACUAAGGGCAAAGAGGAAAAAUAAUUCUUUAUUUGAACACCAUAGAUUCUACCAAGCAGCAGCUAACCUGUUCCAGUCAUGAUCUGAAAAAAGCUGCAAGUGCUGCAGUGCCUUUCACCCAACAGGGCGAAGCCUCAGGAGUGGAUUACUUGUAUCAAGGAAACAGAGUUACUUUUGUCAGAUUUUCUUUCAUGAUUUGUUCACCGUCUACAAGGAAUCCCUGUAAAGUGAAAGGCUACAAGGCAGGGAAGGCAGGAACAGGCAGGGAAGAUCAGAGGUGGCGAUGUUCUGUGCUCUCUUUGAAUCGGACAAGCAGG